AUGGAUCCGGCGGUGAGAGGGCGCCGAGAACAGAAGGCCGAUUGCCGGGAUGACGGCGUGGACGCGCCCGUGCCGCCGCUGGCUUUGAACAGGCUGAAAACUGAGGCGAGGGAACGCACCCCAGGGCGGUCAAAGAAGCGAAAGAAGUCCGGCAGGGGAAACAGACCGAAAAAGGAUGGGAGGGAGGGGCAGGCGCAUGGGACGGCGGAAGGGGCGGCUGGGGAUCGCAGGGGCCGCCUUGGAUGGUGCUGUUGCAAGCCCCGAGUGAAGCCGUGUUCGAGCAAGGGGCGCCCGGAGGUUCGGAAGCCCUCAAGGAAAUUCUCUGCGCCACUCCAUAGAGAUUCUCCUGGCCGGGAGGGCGAGGAGGGGCUCACUGUGUACUACAGUGCGACAGACCUCACAGACCUCAGGGAGGCUUUUCGGGAGAUGCAAGAAGAGGGAUGCCUGUCUGGAGGCGGCCACGUGCGAACAAUAUCUGCGCUGAGCCCCAUUGCCUCGACUCAUGCCCCCACGGGCUUCAGAGAAAGGGUUCAUGAGGUUGUGAGAAAAUUGUCCCGAGGUGGCUCUGGACGACUCGGCUCCCCAAAGAAUGUGAUCACCACGCCUCAAGGCCAGCUGCCAGCUGAGGCAUUUGCGAGGCUUUGUGGCUACACGGGAUGCUGGGAGAUGGACCGUUCAAGGAGCGAUGAUUACUCAUCCCUGGUGGCACUUAUGAAAUUGGGCUGGGCAUUCAGCAAGGCCUUGGAUAACUCGAGGCACAUCGAGCUCCAUGUAGCGAGAGACAAAAUCCACGUGACGGCAAAGCUGUUCAACUGGGUAGAGCUCCGCGACGCAAGGCCGUGGAGUGGAGAAAAAAUCGCAACAAAACGAAAAGACGCAAGGAGGGGGGGCGCAAUUGGAUGGGUGGAGAGGACUUCCAAGGGUUUCAUGUUGAGGUCUGAAUGGGGCGAGCCACUCGCUGGAAACACGAGCGAAGAAUUUGAAUUAUCUGACGAUAGAGAAUGCCUGCAUGUGACGAAGACGACGUCAUUGAGGAGUGGAGGAACAUCGGUCGUACGAGUUUUGUUCGUCCGCUGCGGUUGA